AUGAAGUUCUCCACCACCCUCAUUUCCGCCGCCGUCUCCCUCCUGACCAGGCCCCAGCUGGUCUCCGCGCUCUGGUCGUGCAGCGAGCUCUCCAAGCUGGGCGACACCGCCAUCGAUGGCACCGCCUACAUCCACUACACCUCCAUCCGCGACAGCAGCUACAAGGCCAACGGCGAGGGUGCUGCCGAGCCAUGGAUCGCAAUCUGCACCCCCAGCGACGACUCCUGGAGCCAGCAGGACUUCGGUCUCCCGUGCACCAACAGCGCGGGCGGCAGCCAGCCCUACACCUUCUCCUCCUCCGAGACCGGCCUCGGCGCCAGCCUCGUCGUCUACAGCGGCGAGGGCUGCGAUGCGAGCGCCUCCGACCUGCAGGGCGGGUACAUCUCCUUCGACGGGACGACCAAGGAGCUGAACUCGGACUGUGGCACGCGCAACAAGGGCGUCACCUGCCAGUUCUCUUACUCGGCUUAG